GGUGUUCAUCCGUAACCCGUGGCUGAAGCCCUCAAUCCCUUGCGGACGGCGCUGGAUGCAUAGCCAUGACCGAACGUGAGAGAGACAGAGGGCGAGAGCGAGAGCGAGAGCGAGAUAGGAAAAGAGUCCGCGAGGAGCGCUACCGUGACCGGAAAGAGCGUUCUCCGUCCCCUUCGCGUUCCUAUACACCUGAACGUGUCCGGUCCACUAGAGCCCCUUCCCGAACCCGCUCCCCGUCCACCGACCGCCAUCGUUUCCGCCGUCGUUCUACUUCUCACUCGCGCUCUCCCGAACGUCACCAUUGCAGCAGCAGGAAUCACCACCACCACCACGGACACCGCACUCUUAAUCCCGAAAGUCCUCCCAGAAAACGCCACAAGGAUGACGGUGAAAGGGAUAGAGAUGGGAAUCGGAUCAGGCAAAUGGAUGUUUCAGAUUUCGUUGAUGGAAUAGCCAAGGAGCAUAAGCAGAAGCAGGAGGGUGAUGCAGAGAUGAUUGAUGAAGAUGAAAUUGAGAUGAUGAAGAAAUUAGGGAUUCCUGUAGGGUUCGAUUCCACUAAGGGAAAAUCUGUUGCUGGGAACGAUGUGGGCGCUGUGAGGAAAGUGACCAAAAGGCAGCCUAGGCAGUACAUGAAUCGGCGUGGUGGAUUCAAUCGACCCUUGCCUGCUGAACUCAAUCGCUGAUCCCAGAUUGGAAGUCUAACAAUUCAUUUUGACGGAAAGAUUCGAACUAAACAUUCCUGUUAGCCAGCCAUUUGCCCCCACAGUGCAAAAUUGUUUUACGGUUAAACCGCCACCAACCAGCGCCAACAGUACACGAAGGUUAUUUGAUUCACUUCCAAAUGGAGAGGACCAGUACGUUUCUUCUCCUUCUCAUCUUAUUCUGCGAUAACGAAGAGGACUAAUGAUGGAUUUUGAAAUGUCAUCGGUUGAUGAAUCAGUAGGGUCCUUAGCAGCUGCUGAGAGUUGGAGCUUAAGAGACUCAGAAAAUUUCCACCUGCAUUUUCAAACCAUUCAAAACUAGAAUGACUUUUAUUUCAGAAGCUUGAUUAUUGUAUUUUCCACCAAUAUCUCCCCAUGUAAGCGACUGCUAUAUGCUUAAGGUUUCUCUUUAUGUAAGCGACUGCUAUAUGCUAAAGGAAUUUUAUGGGAAAAAUACUGAGAACUAGUUUCUUCUUUCUCUUCUUUUCUCUUCUGCCUUUUAUCUAUC